GCCCAACACGGCUAUUCCAGAACAACCAGCCGUUUUGACAGACCUAAUACUGAAUGUUAGUAAUUUAACUCUAAUCCGCUGAUACAGGCCUAGUUACCGAUUCUUCACACCACCGAAACUACCACCGCCCUCCGCCACCACGAUCGCCAUGUCCACCGCCGUCGCCGGAAGUGGCGGAACGGUACCGCCAUUCCGGCCAUACCGUCUGGCCCGAACACUGACCGCCCACACACGCGCCGUCUCCUGCGUCAAAUUCUCCAACGACGGCCGCCUCCUAGCUUCCGCCUCCCUCGACAAAACUGUUAUCAUCUGGUCCUCCUCCUCCCUCUCCCUCCUCGCUACCCUCUCCGGCCACUCCGAGGGUAUCUCCGAUCUCGCUUGGUCCUCCGAUUCCCACUACGUCUGCUCAGCAUCCGACGAUCGCACCCUCCGCAUCUGGGACGUCCGAUCGCCAACCUUUGAAUGCGUCAAGGUCCUCCGCGGUCACUCCUCUUUCGUCUUCUGCGUCAACUUCAACCCCCAGUCGAAUCUGAUCGUCUCGGGUUCCUUUGAUCAGACGAUUCGGCUCUGGGAUGUGAAGACGGGGCGGUGCGUCAGAGAAAUAGAGGCGCACGAUUUACCGGUCACAUGCGUGCAUUUCAAUAGGGAUGGGUCGCUGAUUGUGUCGGGAAGUCAUGAUGGGACUUGCAAGAUUUGGGAUGCGGAUAAGGGCACCUGCCUCAAGGUUUUGAUCGAUGAUAAGGGUGGACCUGCGGUUUCUUUUGCCAAGUUCUCACCUAAUGGAAAGUUUAUACUUAUCUCCACAUUGGACAGUACCCUGAAACUAUCAAAUUAUUCAGUUGGGAAAUUUCUUAAAGUUUACACAGGGCAUGUUAACAAAGUAUACUGUAUCACAUCAACAUUUUCUGUUACCAGUGGCAAGUACAUUGUCAGUGGAUCAGAAGAUAAAUUUGUUUAUAUUUGGGACCUCCAAGGCAAGAAUAUCAUCCAGAAAUUGGAAGGUCAUAGAGAUACUGUUAUAUCAGUAUCGUGUCACCCUAUUGAAAAUAAAAUUGCUUCGGCGGGCUUAGAUAAUGACAGAACGGUCAAGAUCUGGAUUCAAGCUGCCACUUGAAGCUUUAUUUGUUGAUAAAGUUAGGGAUCAAAUUUUCAUCAAUUUGUGUGUAGUUUUUUUAUGGAUAACUCGAGCUUGUAUUCUUGCUUAUACAACCGUUGACCUUCCGUCUGGUUUCUAAAGAAACAUUCUAAGGAGGAAGUUUUACAACAAAGCUGGUAAGUGCACCACUAUGUCUGAUGUACACCUUAAUGGUAACUUCUUGUUGUUCGUUAGUUUGUUGAUUGUCAAGCCCGGUUUACAAAGCCGAAGCAUUUGCAGACUUCUGUAUUUUUCUUAAUGAAGAAGCUGUAAUUUUCUUAAUGGAGAAGCUCAUCUGUUGU